AUGGUCAAUAAAACCAGCCAGGCUAAACAUAAAAGGUCCACAAAAGGCUGCUCAGAAUGCCGUAUUAAAAGGAAAGCAUGUGAUGAAUUGAAACCCAAUUGCUCCAGGUGCAAAAUCAAAGGUGUAAAAUGUAUUUAUAAAGUCAACCUAAGGUUUAGGGAUGAUUCAUCGAAUAAACAAAUCGCAUUUGGGAGAGAGGGUGUAUGGUCCAAAAGUAAAGCUAGUAUUCAAACUUCAGAAGACCUUUCCAAAAUGGCAUUUAACCUGGCUUAUCUUCAUAAGACCAAUUUCAAAGGGAAUUUACACUUCAUAAACACAUCAAAUACCUUAUAUGACUUUACAAUGACAAAUUUAUCAAAGAAUUACUUUUCAAUGACAUUUAAUACCCAAAUAGGUGAUUCGUCUGCAACACAAUAUGCAUUAUCAUAUUUCAAGGAUAAUGUCUCAACAAUUUUCAAUCCUCUAAGUCUUGAAGGUGAUGGAACAUUGGAUUUUGGGUCAAUAGUUCAAUAUGUGAAUCACGGUUGUAUACAUUUGUUUUAUCUAUUAAUAGCUAUUGGGAGUUGUCACUUAGCCAAAUCAAACAAGUAUUGGCAACUUCAAGCCAAAAUUUAUAGAGCUGCAGCACAUCAAGAGUUCAUUAAAAGAACAAGUUCAGAUACUAAAACUUCAGAAAUUCUUCUUUAUACAUUAUUAUUAUGUUUGUUCGAUUUGGCCAAUAAAUGUGAUGAUCACUGGUCAAUAAGAAUUAAUACGGCAAAAUGGCUUAUUGAGAAUAACAACGAAUCAAAUGUUGAUGAUUAUACAGUUGAAAAUAGAAUUUUGAGGUUUAGUGAUGAUUUCUUUAGUUAUCAAGAGACAAUGGGGAGAACUGCAUGUCGGAAUACUUCUAUUUUCAGUAUAGAAGAUUGGGAAAAUAAUGACUUGAUGAUUCCAUGGAUGGGAUGUAAAAAAAGUCUAGUUAGUAUUUUAUCAGAUAUAACAGACUUGUCUUUUGAAAAACGGAAUAUCAAUGUACAUUCAAAUGAGUUUCAAGGUAUGGUUAGCAAACUUGAAAUGAAAUUAAACAAUUACAAUGUCAGUACUGGAAACUGGCUUUUUAACAUUGGUUGCAUUUGUAAAAUCAAUGCUACCAAGAUUUAUCUUAAUUGUUCACUUCUAAAUUAUACACCAAACUCUUCCCUUAUAAAAGAACUUGUUAAACAUUUGGCUAAUGAUUUGAAAACAUUGAUAAUCUAUAAUGGAGUUAAUUGGCAUUUUUUAUUAUGGCCAUUAUUCAUAAUGUGUUGUGAAAUUGACCCUUAUGAUGAAGAUUGUGAAUAUCUGAGGAAACUUUCCCUGGAAAUGUUUGAAAUUUUAAAAGAGAAAAAUCUUGGUUAA